GAUACUCCGCAGUGCUGUGCUCGUACUCCCGCGCCUUCUCUAGUUCCCGCCAGUGUUUUGACGUUAGACGUUUGCCAGGAAUGCACUGUGAAUUCGGCUCUAUUCCAACUUAUCAGCGAUUCAUUGCAAGCAUUCCCGCAACACUGCACGAGGCACAAACAAAAUAUCGAUUCCAGUCUGUAUUCAGAAGCAUCUUUAACUCUGUGUGGCGGCGACAUGUGUAGGCGAUAAGGUGAGUGUUUCCUCUGGUCUGCGUGGCCCCACAAGACUCUGCUGACUGUGUGCUAUGUCAUUUGUGAGUGAGGGCGGCGUACAGGUGUGUUCCCUCCUCCAGCAAGAGGCGUCAGAGAUGCCGUACUUCCUGGAGCCAAUCAGCAACGUGACAGUACCGGCGGGACGGGACGUGCGUUUGGCGUGUGUUGUGGACCACCUCAGCAACUACAAGCUCGCGUGGAUCCAGCAGGACAGAUCGGCCAUCCUGACAGUCGGCAACCACGUUAUCACGCGAAACGACCGCAUUGGAGUCUCACACGACGGUCACCGCACGUGGUACCUCACCAUCAAGGACGUGAGGCCUGGUGACGCGGGGACCUACAUGUGUCAGAUCAACACAGCCACCGCUAUCAGCCAGACGGGGCAUGUCAGUGUUGUGGUGCCUCCCUACAUCAAGGACGAGAUGAGCAGUGACGACGUGACGCUGCAGGAGGGCAUGGACGUGACUCUAGUGUGCAGUGCUCGCGGCUCGCCAGUCCCCAGCAUCAUGUGGCGGAGGGAGGACAAGAGUGACAUCAGGGUUAAUCUCACAUCCACCAACACUCACCUCCGUGCCUCUGCCUCUUCCCACGCCCUAGUGAAGGAAGCCCCUGGGCCACUCCUGCACCUGUCCAAAGUGAGCAGGACGGACAUGGGCGCCUACCUCUGCAUUGCGUCCAACGGCGUGCCGCCCUCCGUCAGUAAACGCAUCGAUGUGGUCAUUAGAUUCCUGCCCACCGUGUACGUGCCCCACCAGCUAGUCGGCGUGCCCCUGGGCCAGGACGUGACCAUCGAGUGCUACAUAGAGGCGUGGCCCAAGGGACUCAACUACUGGAAGAGACCAAACGGCAUUGAGAUCCUGCACUCUGAUGACAAGUAUGAGGUGAAGGAGGUGGAAGGCUCACAGAAGUACAAGACUCACAUGCUUCUGACAAUCCAGCGCGUGUCUAAGAGUGACAUCGGGAAGUACAACUGCAUUGCCAACAACAGCCAGGGCGGGGCGGAGCAGGUGGUGAGGGUGUCGGACACAGGAGUGGUGCCCAGUAACCGCAACGCUCUCAACAAGGGAGGCUUUGAGAACAAGGAGAGCAGCGUUGGCAAGCCCGCGAUACCUGCCGUCAACUGGAGUAAGACCAACGAGGCCGCACCACCACUCAAGAACGACUUCGAGGAGCACCGUAAGGCGUCCCAGCGAAGCCAAACGACGCACCAACAGCAAACGACCAAGAUGUUACAGAAACCAAACUUAGGAUUCGAAUCUCUCUUACCGUCGCCCUCCUCGUCAUCGCCUUCCCCGAGAGGGUCGAGGUACCGCAGCCCCGCACUCCUGGCCUCACUGUCCUCUCUCCUCGCCUCGCACUCUCGCCACUCCCACAGAAGUUGGUUUUUGGGAUUUCUUCUCCUGCUGGGGUUUCUGUCUCUGUAGGGCCCGCCAGGUGCUCUAAAGGGGCUGUAGUUUACCUGUAGAUGAUUCAUUAGUGGUUUGUGGGUUUGUUAGGUUUAAUUUUCUAUUGUUCUUAACAGAGCGAGAGAGAGAGAGAGAGAGAGAGAGAGAGAGAGAGAGAGAGAGAGAGAGAGAGAGAGAGAGAGAGAGCAUCCUCGUUUGUUCAUUAGUUUGUUGGUUUGGUUUUGUAUUAUACUACUACUGUAAGUGAAAGAGUCUUUGUUACCUUAAUUAAGUGUUCUGGCUUCCGCGAAACAUCGAACCCAGUGUCACUAGGAAGGCGGACAAGAAUUAAACCGAGCAGCCAAGAGAGAAAGAGUGUGUGUGUGUGUGUGUGUGUACUCCUUCCUUGAGUAAUACGUAAUAAUGAUAAUGAUAAUAAUGACGAUAAUAAUGAUGAUGAUGAUGAUGAUGAUGAUGAUGAUGAUGAUGAUGAUGAUAAUGUUCUCGUUUUAAAACAGAGUACUUUUCCUAGCGGGUAACUUAUAAUUAAGGUUACUGUGUGUGUGUGUGUGUGUGUGUGUGUGUGUGUCCGGCAAUCGCCACACGUACACGAAACAAUGUGCACACUAAGAUUGUGGCACCCAGGAAAGUGAUCAUACACUGCGCGGGUCGUCACAUCGUGCCUGCGGGGGAGCGGAACUGACUGGCUACUGGUCGUGUGUCUAUAACAAGUCGUCGUCCUGUUCCGCCGUGAGUCGUGGGUCGUUCCUGAGAGGUCGUCCCCCUUCCCUUUACUUCACUUGCUCCAGGAAACUUUUCUUUUUUCAUUUUCGAUUUCUCUUCUUUUGGGGACCUUACAUUUUUUUUACUUUUUUUUAUUCGUGAAUGUGACUGAGUUUUUUUUUUCUUUUUUUAGGGAUGGUCUUUUUUUGUUUUUGUUCCUGAGAUCUGUUUUUUGAGAUCCCUCUUUUGACUUUUCUUUCUUUAUUGGGAAUUAGUUUUAUCUUUUCCUGUUUUUUUUUUUGUUUCUCAGUUCUUUUUUAUUCUUUUUUUGUUUCUAGCAUGUAUUUCUGGUGAAUCUGACUUUUCUGGCCUUGGAUGUUGUUUCUUGGAGCUUUCUGACCUUUUUUUUGUUAUCAAGGAAAGUUUAUUGGUCUCGUUUUUACUUGUUUUACUCCUUGGUUAAGUUUCUCGAGCCAUUUUCCACUUUUUUUGCGUCUGGGAUGAAUUUAUUGAACCUUUUUUUCAGACUAUUUCGGUUCCAGUAAUAUCUUUCUUAGGACUUUUUUCUUCUGGGAAUGUGUUUCGUGGGAUCUCUUACCUUUUUAUUGUAUUCCGGUAAAUUCUUUCCAUUGGACUUUUCCGUUCCGUCACUCGUAGACGACAUGACGAAGGCGACGACGAAUAGAAGAUGGGAAACUGAAGUGGUUUCUAUUUGAGACCUAAAGACAGUACGCGUGUUAGAACUUUCGUUGAAAUAGCUGUAAACAGAGGACUUUUAAAUCAGUUUUAUGUUAAGCACCAAAGACUAUACACUUGUUAGGACUUGGUGGAUUAAAUAGCUGACAAACUGAGGACCGGUUUCCAUUAGGGGACUUUAAAAUGCAGAAAAGACGUGGUGGUUUAAAUAAGCUAUAAAAGUGAGGACUGGUUUCUGCUUGGACGCCUGUGACUGUUGUGUGAGACCAUGGAAGUGUGCACCAACCCGCCUCCCUCGCGGCGACCCAGCGUGUUCUGAGCGUGUUCUCAGCGUGUUCUCGACCCUUCUCCUUCUCCCUCGUGCUGUUCUCACGGGGGAGGAGAACCCAUAAUACUUAGUGCCAUAUUGGAGUUCUUUCCAAGUUAGUGUUUGUAUUAUACAUGAACUAUACAUACAUUUUGUGCUGCAGAUGAUUAUUAUAUCUUUCCCAAUGAUAGGAUGCCAAUUAUUACUAUUACUACUACUACUAUUACUACUAUGUAUAUGACGUGUGUAUGUAUGCAUGUCGCAACACAGACUAUGACUACUCUAGUGUGAGGGUGUACAUAUCUCGUGUACAUAGCUAAGUGUGUCCUCGUGUGCGCGUGUGUGUGUGUGUGUGUGUGUUUCCCCCUCAGCCAAACUUGUGUCCUAGCUCUCCACCUGACUCCUUCGUGAUGUUUGGUUGGUAGUUUCUUUCAAAGGGCGGCGUGUGUGGAGGCGCAUCAUUCCCCGGUGUUUCCCCCCACCCCCCGGCGCGUCACGGAAACACUGAGGGGCGAUCAGUUGGCAUGGAUUAAGUUACUGCCUGGGGUCGAACCGUGGGAGGACACUAGAUAAACAUGCGUGGUCACCUGAUGUCCCUUUUCGGAGCGUCAUGAAACACUGGGAAGCUAGGCUAGAGAUCAUUGCCGGGGAUCGAACCCUGGGAGGAGACUAUGUAAACAAGCGAGUAAUUACCAAGACCCGCAUUAUUCCCCAGUGUUAUUUUCCUCUCCGGGGCAUCAUGGGACACUGAGAGUCUGGUCUGGAGUGAUGCGUUGCUCUAGAGAAAGUUAUCACCGGGAAUCGAACCCUGGGAUGGCACUAGAAGCGAGUGAUGACCAAGCCCGAGUGACGCGUGGCCGGCCUUGACUGUCCUGUCUCUCCCCCGCCACUAGGAAGGGCGGCCUCGGGUUUCCUUCCUCCGCUAGGGAUCUACUUUGAGUUUGUUGACUUAUCACUUUGCCCGUCUUCCAAGGCAGGCGGCGAGGGGCGCCCCGGGCCUGGUGGCUAGCGUGCGUACAGGUUGUCUCCUGAUUUCUAGUAAUCUGUACCUGAAGUGUCUUGUGUUGACAAUAAAGACUAACUGAAAACUG